AUGGCUAGCCAAUCUUCCAUCGGCGCUGCACGCCAGCACAGUCGCAUUCUGUUUGUCAAGAAUCUCAACUACAACACUACAGGUGCCGACCUGUACCAAGUCUUUGGCCGCUACGGUGCCAUCCGUCAGAUUCGACUUGGAGAUGCGACAGGCACAAAAGGUACAGCGUACGUCGUGUACGAGGAGAUGGCGGAUGUAAAGCGAGCUCUCGACCAUCUGAAUGGUUUCCACCUCAACGAGAGGUAUAUCGUUGUGUUGUAUCAUAUGCCUGCCAGGUUGGCAGCGAAGGCAGACCUCGCAAGAAGAGAGGCUGAACUGGCAGACCUCAAGGCUCUUCACAAUAUCACUGACGAGGUAUUACAUUGA